AUGAUCCUCCCCACCUAUCUCAACUUCUUCUCUGUGCUCCUCCUACUGCUCAUUCUCUAUUUCUCUUCUGUCCUUGCAUCUGAAGCUGAAUUUAGCUACGCUAAAGGAACUAGCAAUGGGCCAGAGAAUUGGUGGCAUCUCAACCCAAAAUGGAAAGUAUGUCAGUAUGGAAAACUACAAUCUCCCAUUGAUCUCCGAGACAGAUGGGUGAAAGUUCUUCCUCAACUGGGUGAACUUCAAAAAGUUUACAAACCAGCUCCUGCUGUCCUAAAGAAUAUGGGUCAUUAUAUCACGGUUCGAUGGAACGGGGAUGCAGGCCAACUUCGUAUAAAUGGAAAUUACUACAAACUGAUUCAAUUUCAUUGGCAUACACCUUCAGAGCACACAUUGAAUGGAUUAAAGUUUGAUUUGGAGUUGCAUGCAGUCCAUCAAAACUCUAGAGGAGAAACUGCUGUUAUUGGAAUAUGGUAUAAAAUUGGCAGUCCAGAUCCCUUUCUUUCAAAGCUGCUCAACAACAUAAAAUCAAUUCGCGACAAGGACAUAGAUUUAGGAGUAAUCAACCCAGGAGACAUAUAUUUUAGAAGCAGAAAGUACUACAGAUAUGUUGGUUCUCUUACAAAUCCACCUUGCACUGAAGGUGUUGUUUGGUCAUUCGUGAAGGAGGUGAAAACAGUCUCAAUGGAGCAGUUAAGUGCCUUGAAAGGAGCUGUUCAUCAUGGAUUUGAGGAAAAUGCAAGGCCAACACAGGCACUUAAAGGAAGACAAGUUUGGUUAUAUAACCCUAAUUAUUAA